GCCUGAAUUUCUGAAGAUGAAAAUUCACAUAAGGUGGUGUCAGAAAAACCUCCAGGGAUGGAGCCCUCAGCCCAUGAGUCUGAGGAUGUCCCUGAACCCAAACUAGGAGUGCUCCUGGAAAACUCAGAAGGGCAGAGCCUGAGGAAUUCCCCCUCUGAGGAAGCAGAUUUCAGGCAAGUGACAGUUACCCACUGGAAAAUUCAGACGGGAGAGACAGCCCAGAUAUGUAACAAAUCAGGGAGAAGCCCAAUUCUGAACUCCAACCUCCUCAUACUUCAGAGAGAGCUACUCGAAGGGGAGGCCCAUCAAUGUGACACUUGUGGCAAAAGCUUCACAUUUCCUUCAGACCUAAUUAGGCACCAGCUUUCUCACGCUGGGGAGCAGCUGUCCAAAUGUGAUCACUGUGGGAAAGGUUUCAGCCAGAGCUCACACCCUACUGAGCAUCAGAGACUUCACACUGGAGAGCAACUCUAUGUCUGCAGUGUGUGUGCAAAGAACUUCAUUCACUAUUCCAAUCUGACUGAGCAUAAAGAAGUACAUGCGGGAGAAAAACCAUUCAAAUGUACUCAGUGUGGGAAAGGCUUCUGUCACAGCUCAGAUCUUAUUAGACAUCAGAGAGUUCACACCCGAGAGAGACCUUAUGAAUGCAAAGAAUGCGGAAAGGGCUUCAGUCAGAGCUCAUUACUCAUUCGCCACCAGAGGAUUCACACGGGAGAAAGACCCUAUGAGUGUAAUGAGUGUGGAAAGUCCUUCAUUCGCAGCUCAAGCCUUAUCCGCCAUUAUCAGAUUCAUACGGAAGUGAAGCAGUAUGAAUGCAGAGAAUGCGGAAAGGCCUUCCGCCAUCGGUCAGACUUGAUUGAGCAUCAGAGGAUCCACACUGGAGAAAGACCUUUUGAGUGCAGUGAGUGUGGGAAAGCCUUUAUCCGGAGUUCAAAGCUUAUUCAACAUCAAAGAAUUCAUACAGGAGAAAGACCCUAUGUAUGUAAUGAGUGUGGGAAACGCUUUAGCCAGACGUCCAACUUCACUCAGCAUCAGCGAAUUCACACUGGAGAGAAACUUUAUGAAUGCAAUGAAUGUGGGAAGGCCUUCUUUUUGAGCUCAUACCUUAUUCGACACCAGAAAAUUCACACUGGAGAGAGAGUCUAUGAAUGUAAGGAAUGUGGCAAAGCCUUUCUCCAGAAAGCUCACCUUACUGAACAUCAGAAAAUACAUAGUGGUGAGAGACCCUUUGAAUGUAAGGACUGUGGGAAAGCCUUCAUUCAAAGCUCAAAGCUGCUGCUACAUCAGAUUAUACAUACUGGAGAAAAGCCCUAUGUGUGCAGCCACUGUGGGAAAGGCUUCAUUCAGAGGUCAAAUUUCCUCCAGCAUCAGAAGGUUCAUGCCGAAGAGAAACUCUAUGAGUGUGGGCAGUGUGAGAAAGAAUUUAGUCCCACCCCAAGCUUUAAACACAGUCAGGGUGUCCACCAGGAGGGAUGUGACUUGGAUAAGGCCCCUGUGCAUUUGGGCGAGAAGUCUGUACAUCAGGGGGGGCACACAGAUACCUUAUAA